AUGAUUCUUCACCCAAAGAAACGAUCGAGACACGAGAAACAUGACUUGAAGGAUUUGGUGAAGAAGUGCAGUGAAGAUUAUGUGGAUUUUCGUCAAGUAAACAAGCUGCUGAGCUUGGCUGAUUUCAUUGGCACCUUGAAGCGUCAGCCCAAGAAGCCGCUCAAGACGGACAAAGAGAGGAAACGUUGGUUGAAGGAAGCGUGCCCGGACGUGAAGUUCGUCAAGCACCCUCAAACAGGCAAGGAGUCUGUGCCUGUUGAACAGGAGACUUUGAUGCUGGUUGGAUCGAAGACUUCCGCAGCUCGAAGCAGGGAGGAGGAAUUCACAGAUCGUGGUGAGGCAAAGGAGGCCAUGAAGCGUGCCCGAGAAGCUGUUGAAGUCUCAACCAACAGAAAGGAAGAUUUGGCGAAGAGUCAGGCCCUUGAAGAGGAUGCUUCGAACAAAGGUGAUGCUUCGAAGGCUGAAGAGCUUUCAGAUGAAGAGAGCGAUUCCAGCUUUGGGGGCUUCGCCAGUGAUUCCGAGGCUCCUGCCAAGAAGCGCCGCAGAGGUGUGGCAAAGGAGGGCCAAACCGGACGGUCGAAGACUGAGGACCCCCCGCCGCUUCCUGGAGUUUCCACUGACAAGCCCGGCAAGGAUCGAAAGGAACCCCCUCUUGCUGCUGCAAAGAGCAAGGCUGCCAAAGCAAAACAAGAUCGUGCUGACAAGGUCCUGAGCAACGCAAAGAAAGCCUUCACCACAAUGGAAGAGCUUUCUGCAGACAUGAUGUGGCGCAGCGUGGUCCGCACAGGUGAAGUUGAGAGGAGAAUCCAGAAGUGCAGCCAGACUGAGAAAGAGUUGCGGGCUCUCAUCGACAAUGAGGGGUUCUUUGCUGGCAGCGAGGAGGUGAAGGAGAUGCUGGACACAAUGAGCAAGUUGGCAGAGCGGUUAAGUGACUUCAAAGAUCUUUGCCGCGAACUUCGGUCCAUCACUCCGGAUCAGUUGGUGAAGGAGUUGCAUCAAGGUGGAGAUGUGCCACGGCUGUUUCUGAACUUGUUUGACCUCCUUUUGAGCGACAAGGACCACCCAACGUUGAUGGAUAUGCUGAACUUCACAGCGAAAAAGUUGCACUCGGUUGUCGCCCCCCCCGAGAAUGAAGAGAAGCUCCACUUCUCUUUCCACUGCAUCCUGGAGACACACCAGUACAAGCCUGACACCAAACCAGGCGAGAUUGCACAUGAAGAGGAUCCACUUCCUUGGCCGUUCCUGUUGAAGGUGCAGGCCCAGUGCGUGAAUGAGUUCUUCGAACGGCUCCGUCUUGCAACUGGACCGUCUUUGGCUGAAGGCAUGAUCCCUCCAAGCCUGAAGAUUGAUUCCCUGGAGCCCUGCCAGUGGCUGCCAGACGGGCCAGAUCUUUUCCAGCAGAUGGACUCACAGAACUUCCAAAACAAGACUGGGUUCUCUGGCCAGCUGAUGCUGAACCUCCAACGCGUGUUGGCAUGCCUUCAAGUGAGCAAAGGCGAGCCAGACGGCAAGUACCUGACCUUGGUCAGCAGAAUUUCCACCUUCAGCAAACCGCUGAUCAUGGCUAUGAAUGCCCAAAGUGAAUGGAGGACAUUGUGGGGGAAGGUUCUGGCAGAGGUGAAGAAGUACAAUGAGAGGAAGAUCCCCGACAUCGACAUGAGUGCUGUGCAUAAGACCCUUGACAAAGUUUGCGGCCUUGUCACCGCCGACCAGGUGAACUCUCAGAAGUCUGACGUGCGUGAUCUCGUGGACUUGCUGCGACAGUUUGGCAGUGUGGAUGAUCAUUUUAACCAUUCCCAGGGGGAGGAAAAGGCCCGGUUCCUGGAGAAGAUCUCAGCUUUGUCUCAUUGGAGUCAGGAGAGGUUCCAACCAGGCAUCCAGGACAUGAAUCGUGUGCUUGUGGAUUGGAUUAGCGCGGCAACUCCAGCAGAAGCGCCAUCCAUGGCUGAAUCAGCCAGAAGCUUCAAACCGCUGGAGAUCAAGGUCCCGGCGGAAGUGGAUGGCAUCUUUCACCUGCAGUGUGACUUGGAAGCGGUGUUGGCAUCUUUCCCUUCUACAGGCGCUUCCAUGAAGCUGGGAGUGCAAGCUGUGCUGGAGUGCUGUGCAGCUUUCCAGAGCUACAAGGCUCCGGAAGGUGAUGAUCCAGGCGCCCAUGUCAUGGCCAUGUUGGAUCUUGCUGCUAUCGUUUGGAAAAAGUGUGGUGAGCUGUCAAUUCCAGAGGGUCAAGACCGAGAAUCUGGGAUGCUUCCAGCUGCAAGAGCCAUGUGCAAGUGGUCACAGGUUUUGCAGCAUGUUUGCUUCGCCAAGUCUUUGGAUUUGAUCAUCAAUGCGCCAUCGCCUGAGACACCAUGGAACUACAAGAAGAUGCUUCCCUUGCAGCAUCAAGCCUUUGCGCGUGCAUUGCAACAGGCGGCUGGGUUGAAAGAUGACAUGGAGGCAUUAUCAUCAUCCGGCAUGCCAGAUCUGGAAGAGGUAACAAAGCGGUUGGCUUUGUUUGAGACAGUCACAUCAGCACUGGACGCGAGCUUGAUGGCAGAGGACAAUGUGGACCCUUUGUUCAAAGACCUCAAGGCCACUUUUGAAAACUUUGUGGCCCUUUUCCUGAAAUCUGCGGAGACGGCGCUCAAUGACUUUGAGGAGACACACUUCCCUGUCAUCCACGGGUUCAUUGGCAACUACACGGCAGUUGCCCAGGCAGCGGAAAAGUGGCAAAUGACUCCAGUUGCAUCCGUUUUCACAGACAAACACGACGAAACCAAAGAAGCUUUGGAGCAGCUCAUGGCUGCCAAGGAGAAUCUGGGCGGUGUGAUGGGUUCUUUGGAAACCUUUUGCGCUCACAUCUCCAGCGGAAAGGCAUUGGUGGACCUCGUGGCCAAAGCCAAGGGGAUGUACAAGGCUGGGGUUGGCUUCAUCAAGGAAGCGGAUCGCAUUGGAGGAAUCUUGUUGGUUGGGGCUGUCUUGUACAACAACGGCAGUGCUGAAGAUGCAAAAGCAACCCUUGACAUGGCCAACAAGACCUUUGGCACCAGAAAGGACACGCUGCCACUUAAGGUUCAGAAGAUGCUGGGUGAUUCUUUGAAGUUGCCGCACGAUGAUGCUGCAGAUGCCAAGGACAAGCAGCCUGCUCCAAAGACCCCGGGAAGGAAGCGGAACGCACCGUCAUCAGCAUUGGCGGAGGACAAGCCAGCCAAGGAUCCCAAGAAAGCAAAGACAAAAGGGAAGGAUGAGUCCAAGAAGGAGAAGGCCGAGAAGGCCGAGAAGGCCGACAAGGCAGAGAAGAGAAAGCGAAAGAAAGCUGAGAAGGCUGACCCCGCCAGCGACGCGGAGGAGUGAUCCUGGCCAGGUCCAGGUCUUGGCCUUGGAUGAUUUUCCAUGUGCACACGGCUGUGCCUGUAUGAACCGGCCUGCAGUUCCCAUUGACGCCUUUUGGGCGCUGUGAGCUGUGUAAGUUCCUAGGUGGGACUGCUGCCUGCUUUUGGAUUGCUGCAGACUGACGGGAGUGUCAAGC